AUGUACAUCGCCCUCUACUACAUAGUCACCCGGCUCCCUAACUCCCUUCGCUUAGUCAGGGACCACUUCCUCUCAGUUUGCCCCACCACACUCACCGUUGUCGUCCUCGAGGAGCACCUCCUAGCAGCAGAGAAGAGCAUAGUCCCUGCAGGAGCCUCUCGUGGUGACCCUCGCACCCCCGUCUUUGAGGGGUGUUCCCCCUCCCCCCUCUUGCCCUCUGUUGCUUCUACUGCUGCGGCUGACCUUGUUGGUUUCGAGUCGGUCGGCGCUGCGUCUGCCCUUAGUGAGAGACGCCGCACCGGUAAGGGCAAGGGGGGCAAGGGCGCUGGAGGGGCUGGCGGGGGCGGUGGAGGUGGUGGUGGAGGCAGUGGAGGGGGUGGGGGUGGUGGUGGGAGUGGUGGCGGGGGUGGAGGUGUCGGUGGCAGCACUGGAGGCGGUGGAGGCGGCGGCGGUGGCGGAGGGAGCGGAGGCGGCGGAGGUGGCGGAGGCGACAGAGGUGGCGGAGGCGACGUCGACAGCAGUGGAGCUAGUUGCGGCUCUGUGCAGAGGAGUGGCUCCGGUGGUGGUCAGCGCCAGGGUGGGAUUGCUAUCUUUGAUCUUGAUUAUGAUGCUAUUCUUGCUGCCAUGUAUGCUGUGUCUACUAGUGAUGAGGGUGACUGUCACCUGUGUGUUUCGCCUGACCCGGGCAUCGAGGCUGCUGCUCUAGGUGCUGGUGAGGCUGCUACUCUAGGUGCUAGUGCGUCUGCUGCCCCAGGUGCUGGUGAGUCCUUGCUAGCUUCUCCAGUGUCUUAUCGUGCCCGGCAGCUAUCUCUGGCACCCUGUCCGGUCUCUACCUCCCCUUUUUCUCAACAAACUUGGUGA